GGUUGCCCGGGUCUCGCUCCCUACACCCCGGCGGAGCCGAGUCCAGAAGGGACGCGCCACACCAGCACUCCGCAGACCCCGACCCCCAGGCUCCGCCUCCGCGCCAUGGCCGCGCCGGGACCCCGCGCCUUACGGGCUGCGCUCUGUGGCGGCUGCUGCUGCCUCCUCCUGUGUGCCCAGCUCGUUGUGGCUGGUAAAGGAGCUCGAGGCUUUGGGCGGGGAGCCCUGCUCCGCAUGAACAUCUGGCCAGCUGUCCGAGGGGCCUGCAAACAGCUGAAGCUCUGUGAGCAUUGUGUGGAGGGGAACAGAGCACACAACCUCACUGGCUGCGUGUGGGAGCAGUGUCAGCCGGAGGAGCCAGGACACUGUGUGGCCCAAGCUGAGGUGGUCAAGGAAGGUUGCUCUGUCUACAACCACUCAGAGUCAUGUCCAGCUGUGCACCACCAUCCCACUUAUGAACCGAAGACCAUCACAACAGAGGGCCCUUCGGUCCCCGAGGCGCACGGCCCUGGCUUUGAUGGGGCCAGCUUCAUUGGUGGCGUUGUGCUGGUACUGAGCCUGCAGACAGUGGCCUUCUUUGUCCUGCGCUUCCUCAAGGCCAAGGACAGCACCUACCAGACACUAAUCUGACCCCCUUCAGGCCUGGAUUCCACACUCAGGGGAAAAAGGAUGAAGAGGCUGCCCUCUUUACCCGCUUGUGGGCACUAGGGGUGGGAGAAACUGUGGUCACCAAAUUCUGGCCCCUGUGGGCACCGAGCAGGCUCGGUGCCCAAUACCUGACAUCCCCUCCUGUCUGGGCCUGGUACCUGCAGAUGAGAGCAUCCUUCAACCACCUCCUGUCUCAUCCAUCAUCCCUGUGGGGCCCCCUGCCUGGUACUAGGUCUGGAGCCUGCCUCCUCCCAUCAACCUGGCCUGGACACUGCCCCCAAAUAAAGGAGCUCUUU